AUGGCGCUUGGCUGUCGUUGAAUCGCUAAUCGCUCGUAUUUUACAUUUUAUUUAGUCGUUUGUUCCAUCUCUAGGUAUUUAAUAAUUUGCCGGUAUUAAUUAUAUUCGGUGUAAUAACUCACAUAUUGUCAUUUUACUUGUGAUUCUUGAAUUAUUUUAAGUGUUAGGAGUGUAGUAAUUUCAAUUGUAAUAAACCUGCUUGCAAAUCCAAUUUGAUCAAAUUGUUUUUCUUUAUGAAGAAAAGGCUAUAUACGUGAACAUAUGUUGUCAUGUUACAUGAAAUUGCAAUUUCUUCUUGCUUGUGGAAAUGUCUGUACAUUACAAAUUUAAAAGUGCAUUGGAUUACGACACAGUCACUUUUGAUGGGCUACAUAUUUCUGUAGGGGAUUUAAAAGCUGCCAUAUCGCAGCAGAAAAGGAUUGGAAAGACUUCAGAUUUCGAUCUUCAAAUCACUAACGCACAGACGAAAGAAGUGUAUGUGGAUGACCAGACCUUGAUUCCAAAGAACACAUCACUUCUUGUGGCAAGGGUUCCUCUUGCACAACAACCUAAGAAACAGUGGGAAGGAUCUAAUGGCAAUUCAUCUUCAUUGCACAAAGAUGUUGCUGUUAACAAGGGAGUGGCUGAUCUGUCUCGCAUGGAAGGUAGCGAACAGGAUAAAAUAAAUGCUAUGAUAUCACAAUCCACUUUUGACUACGACCCUAGCAACUAUCAGAAAAUUAGAGGACAAAAUCAGAGAGGAGCUGUUCCGAGUAAUUACAUUUGUUAUAAGUGUCAGAAGAAAGGUCACUGGAUUAAAGACUGCCCAGCAGCAAAUUCUGGUGAAGCUAUAGAAAUAAGAAGGAGUACAGGCAUACCUCGAAGUUUUAUGGUACCAGUAGAUGGUCCAAAAGCACCCGGAGCCAUGAUGACCCCAAGUGGUACAUUUGCUGUCCCAGCAGUUGAUCAUGAGGCAUACCUUGCCUCAGAGAAUGCUGGCGGUGCUGACACUCCAACCAAUGCACCAGCAGCUCCGGAACCUACCAUCCCUGAUGAGCUGAUCUGCAGCCUCUGCCGUGAUCUGCUCACUGAUGCAGUGAUGAUACCAUGCUGUGGGAAUUCCUUUUGUGAUGAAUGUAUAAGAGGUGCCUUGUUGGAAUCAGAAGAUCAUGAGUGUCCUGAUUGUAGAGAAAAAGAAAUUGCACCAACAACACUUAUCCCAAACAGAUUUUUAAGAAAUUCCGUGUCAGCAUUUCGUAACCAAACAGGCUACAGUAGGAGAAUGCCUCAUCGUCCGUCAGCCGCGCCCCCGCCCCAGCCCCAGCCCCCGCCCGCCCUCGCCCCGCCACCUGUUAUAGAUGUUAUCCCAGCUGCCCCCGUGCAGGUGAACGGGCCGCCACAAGAGGUCGCCGCCAACGCUGGACCUCCGCCUGGGAUGAAACCACCCGGGCUUGAUGCACCUCCCAUUAAUAUGCCACGUCUUGAUGAGCAGAGAGCCAGUACGCCUACGAUUGACGAGCGAAGAGAUCCGAUGUCGUCACAGGUGAUGUUCAAUCGGGGACAACCACCACCAUUUGUCCCCGGCUUGCCGCCACCGGGACAACGAUAUCCCAACCAACCGUACGGCCGUCACGGACCUCCUGGGCCUGUUUACAGCGACCGCUACCGACAUCGCUUGGAGCCCUACCAGCCCCCGCCACCGGGCAUUAAGGAUUCCCCCACCAACGGGGCCGGAGAGGACCCGCUCGAGGCGUUCAACCGGAUGAUACGUGAGAAGGAGAUGCGGGCGAAGCGGCGCGAGGAGGAGCGCAGACGCGCGCACUCCGGCUCGCGGACGCCGUCGCGAUCUCGCACGCCGCGCUCACCACGCUCGCCGCGCUCACCACGCUCACCACGCUCACCACGCUCGCAACGCUCACCGCGCUCCCUUCGCUCACCGCGCUCUCCGCGCUCACCUCGAGCGCGUCCUCGCAGUCGCGCAUCUAGCAGAAUUCGUUAUACUAGAUCGCGGUCAGCGUCUCGUGGCCGCGUGCGCCGCUCGCCCUGGUCCCCGCGGCGCCGGCGCACCAGAGACAGAUCGCUCUCCUUGACACGGUCGCCGUCGCCACGCCGCCGGCACCGUACUCCGCUGCGGUACCGAUCUCCGCUGCGGUCUCCGGGCCCGCGGUCCCCGCCGCUGCGGUCUCCUCCGCUCCGGUCUCCGUUGCGGACGCCGCUUCGGUCUCCACUACGGUCCCCGCUUCGGUCUCCGAUUCGUUCUCUGCCGCACUCGCCGCACCGCCCGCCGCCACUGAUGAGGUCUCCGCAGCCCAGACCGAUGUCGCCACAUAGAUAUGCCGGAGUGUAUGAUGAAUUGUUAUCGCCCCCGCGUCGUAGUGUUGAGCCGCCAUACGGAGCCAGAUAUGGACCGAGAAAUAAUGCGCCUCCUCCAACAUUCCCCCCCUUGGGAGCUAAACCGAUACCUCUUUUGGGUAGCCUUCCCGCGCGAACUGAGCCUCCGCCAGGGUAUCGAGGACGUUUUGACGGCCCGCCUUUCGAAGAUAUUCCACCAGGGGUGGAGCCCCCUGUGCCCGGAUUCGAGCCAUCGCCAUUUGAGAAGCCCUCUUUUGGUCCGCCGGGUCCUUUGGAACGUGACAGAAUUUCGGGUUCAGGUUAUAGAGAUGGUUACAGGGCACCCCCAUACGCCGAUGGACCUGCUGGGUACCGGGAUAUGCCAAUACCUCCUGCUCAGAAUGAAAUUCCUGUUCAUAUUCCAGACCAAGCCCCGCGUUACCGUGAUAAUUAUAGACCUGGACAUGGCUACCGUGAUCAAGGCCCUGCACCAUUUAGAGAUGCCGGUCAGUCCUAUAGGGAUUCUGGUCCACCAGGGCUGCCAUACCGCGAAAGUAACUUUAGAGGAGGCCCGCCUCCGUCAUUCCGUGACAAUUCUUAUCGGAAUAUGCCUUACAGAGAUGGUAAUUAUAGGGACACAGUGCCUCAUAAUUUCCGCGAUCCCAAUGUACCGUAUAGACCGCCAAGCGCUGAUCCUCGAGAGCCAGUACCUCCAAAUUACCAUGAUGCUAAUUAUCGCGAAGGGUUUAGAGACGAAAAUAAUGGCGGUAGAGAUGCGAUGCGACCUGGGUAUCGCGCUAAUACGCGUAGUAGGGGAGGAAGCAGGCGUAAUCCAAAUCUGGAACAUGAUAAACAUAGAGAUGCGCGUGAGCGCGAAAGAUUUACUGAGAACAGAGAUCCAUUACCUGAAAAAGGAGAACGACCUCGAGAUAUAGAGAAACGACAGGCUUAUGAAAAAAGAGAAGUACGAGAUGAGCGUACACGAGAGCCAGAAAGGAAUCGUGAAUAUGACAAAGAAAGAGGUCGUGAUAAGGUUACACCUGAUAAAAAAGUACGGUUGUCACCUAAACGCACACGAGAAAAGAAACGGAGUGAAUCUAGAGGCCGUUCGAGAGAUCGUGAUCGUGAACAUCGACGUGAUAAGAAAGAUGAUCGUUCUCGUGAGAGACCGUCUUCCGAAAGAGGCAGAGAUCAUAAAGAUAAAGAAAAGGAAAAGAAAAUCAAGGAUAGGAAGAAGAAAAAACGGGAAAAGGAAAAAGACACCGAAAAGAAAAAGAAACGUGAUAAAAAAGAAAGAAAAGAAAAAGAGUCCACUAAAAAAGAUGACGAGGACAAAGAAAAAACUGAUAGUCAAACAGAAAAUAACGAGCCCGAUAAGCAGGAACUAAAGGAAGAAAAAGCUAUAACAAACAACGUUGAAAGUGAACAAGUUUUGGCAAAAGAUAUAAAAGCAGAGAAGUCCGAGCCAGUUGUCGAAAAAUCUAACGAAGACUUGUACGGUGGCGAAUCUGCAGAAGCUGUCGACAAAGAAAUAAUACAAAAUUACGUAAAAACUGAAAACAAGGACCAAUCCACCGAAGUUCAAACUGUAGAGUCCAGUAAUAAGGAUGAACCGUUUGAUGGAAUAGAACUUCAAGCAGCUACUGAAGAUUUAGAUACAGACAUCGAAGGUAAUACCGGUCAAAGUAAGGAAAUGCUGGCACCUUUACCCGAACUAUCUAAAUGGGAAGUAGAUGAUGAUAAUGCAGAAAAAACCAAGGAACCUGGUGAAAUAACUUCACCGGAAGAAGAAGAAGACACUGGCAAAGUCACAUCUGAAGUUAUUAAACGGGCCGAAAACGCUAUAUUUGCAAAAGCCAUUAAUUCGUUGCGGCCGAUAGAAAUCAAAAAAAUUAGCAGUGAUCGCUUAAAAUUAUACGGAGAUGAAAUGCAACAAAAAAAUUCCAUGAACAAUAUUCAAAUUACUGUUCCUGUGGUAGAUUCUGAUCAAAGGUCUAUUGAAUUAAGCGACAGAAACAGAUAUUCUAAAACACCCCCACCGCGGUUGUCCGUCAAAGAAAGAUUAGGUGGAAAGGUUGAAGACGUGCGUAAAAGUAGAGAAAUGCGAUUAGUACAAAGUACCGUCGAAAGAGUGAAGUCUAGGUCUAAAACGCCUAAGAGAGAACAAGCUUAUCGCAGAGUGACGGUUGAAAAAGAAAAAGAAAAUAAAACUGGUUCCCACGGGAGAUCGGAAUCAACUAAAUCCGAGAGACGUGUUGACAAAGAGGAUAGCAGAAAUUCAGAUUCUUAUCGCGGAGGCGGCGAUUCGAAGAAAAAGGAAUUUGAUAGAAAUAUAAAACAUGACAAAAAAUCAAAUAUCGAGGACAACUUUGGCUCGCGCCAUCGUGAUCGUGGCAAUGACAACUCAAAUGACAUAAAACGGUCGAAUGCAGAACGCGAAAGAAAGAAAUCUAUUUUAGACGAAGCUCAUUUUGAACCAGAUUAUGACGAGAAUCUUGAAUCUGACAACGAAACUAAAGAGGAUAGCAGCAAGAAACGCGAACGUUCAGCUUCACCCAGUGGAGCCGGGGAGGCUAAAAAGGCAAAACUGGAAGAUACCAUUAAGCUGGAUCUAACUAACGUGAAAAAGAAACCGGAAUCUGAAAGUGAGUCUUCUAGUGAAUCUGAUGGAAGUUCUUCAUCAUCCUCUUCGGAUGCUCGCAGACGUAAGAAAAAGAAGAAACGUAACAAGAAAAAGAAGAAACGCGCCGCUAGUGACAGCGACAGUGACUCGGACUCAAGUUCAGAUGACCAUAAGAAGAAAAAAAAGAAGCGUAAGCAUAAGAAAAGAUCUAAUAAAAAGAAGAAAAAGUCUAAGCAUAAUAAGUAAAUCAUAAAUUACUCGGAAGUGGAUACUUUUUUUUAAUAUGUUUUAUGUAUCUGUGUAACUUUUUACUGUAAUAAUAAUAAUAAUUAAUAU